CGACCUCUCUCCUCCUUAAAACCUCCAUUUCCCCUCACCCUUCUUUCCCAAUUUUCUUCCUAACCAAACCACAAAUCACUCUCUCUCUCUACAAAUUUCAUAUUUUCUCUUUCUAUAUUGAAAUAGGCAAUCGAUUUAAUUUUUGCACCAAAAAAAAUGGCUCAGAGAACGGAGAAAGAAGAGACGGAGUUCAAGGCGGUACCUGAAACCAUAACGCUUUGCAUCAACAAUUGUGGAGUCACAGGAAAUCCCCUCACAAACAAUAUGUGUCAAAAAUGCUUCAACUCCACCAGCUCUGCUACUUCAACUUCCACCAGCAGCUCGCCGAUUACUCACAAACUGGCUAGAUCUGAAAAAUUGGCUAGAUCUGAAAAAUCGGCUAGAUUCAGCUUGUUGAGGUCAUCACCUGACAGGAAAUCCGAUGAUAGGACGGUGAAUGAGGUGAAGGAAAGCUUACCGGCGGCUAAAAGAGAGGUGAAUCGUUGCUCCGGUUGCCGGAGGAAAGUAGGAUUGACCGGAUUCCGGUGCCGGUGCGGCGAUUUGUUCUGCGGUGAACACCGUUACUCCGAUCGUCAUGAUUGUAGCUACGACUACAAAACUGCUGGUCGAGAAGCGAUCGCGAGAGAGAAUCCGGUCGUUAAAGCAGCGAAAAUCAUCAAAGUUUGAAACAAACGCAUCGUUUUUAUUUUAAUCGCUCAAAUUUCAAAUGAUGAAAAAUUGGAGAGAGAUUCAAUUCCGAUCUCUAUAACUGCUGCUGUUAUGGAGGGUGGAGAGACGCACAACGAACGCAAAAAGAAAAAAUCAAAGUUGAAGGAAAUUCGAAAAAAUAUAUUUUUAUUAUAUUUAUAUAAUUCGAAGUGAAUUUGUUUGUGUGGGCAAUUUAUCUAUGUCCCUGAUCUCCGAAUUGUUAUUUGAAGAAUUAAAUCCUUUUUUUUUUAUAUAUAUAUAUCAGUGUUCGCUUUC